AUGCACCACCCAUCGCGGCAGGUCCCUCACCACGAGAUGCCGUGGAUGCACUCUGGACGUGACGACCCCCUAUUACAACGCCACAGAGGUGACAACAUCGAGGUGUGUACUUGGCUCCCAACGAUCGAAACUCGAGACGACAGCAGCAGCCCUCGGUUUGUGGAGCUUCGUUCUUCCGACGACUCGUCAAACAACCGUGCUGAAUUGAAAACGCAACCCCUAGCACCUACUAGCACGGUGCAACUGAACUUGGCCGCCAUCAUAAAGUCCAUGCAAUCCUGUCUUCAACCGGACGGAUCGUUUCAUUUGAAUGCCACGGCAUCGCAUUCCCUCUUGGAACUGUACAGCCACCUCAAGCAACUCAAUUUGGACACCCAGAACGACCCCAAGAUGGGGGUGGUGGUGCCACAUGCUGCGUGA